AUGCUGCAGCAAUCGACACCUUUUGUUCCGGCUUGGGAUAGUGCAGAUACAAACGUUGAAGCCUGGUCGGUGAAGGACGAGCUGGCUUCAGCUAUUCAGUGCACGGCGCCAUUGCUGGUGCCAUGGGGUGCACAAGUGCCUGCCAAGCUCCGCCCCAUCGUAGAAUGUGACGUGUCGACGUCGUAUGACGAGGCUGUGGACGUGCUGAACGGUGGUGCAGAAGCCAUUGCAGUGCGUCCAGACUCGGCACUGAUGGAGGCGCUUGGUGCGGACGUCGUUAGCGAGCGUGUGCUCGUUGUGCUGCGUGACGGCGAAGAGUUGAGCGCUGAGGUGCCACCAGCAGGUCUUCUCGUGGAAGGCGAGCGUAUUCCUUCUUCCGAGUCGCUUAAGCGCUAUGUCGAUCGCAUGAAUACCAGUGUGAGUGGCCGAGGCGUGUACGUGCGAGCGCCUGUGGCGUCUUUGGACGACGUUCGCGCCAUCGCUGCGCACGGCGCCACUGCUAUUAUCGGCACGAGUCAAUUGGCACUUGAGCAGCCAAGUGCUGGCCAGCUGGACUAUGUGGAAGCGUGGAUGUGCACCAUGGCCAGCGACCGUGCCGAUGGCCUGCUGCCGACGCUCGUCGUGUCCGACACGUGCUCAGCAGCUCUGGGUCUGGUGUACUCAUCUGCUGAGUCGGUGCGUGCUUCCCUCAAGACUGGCUCGGCGCAUUACCAGUCGCGUAAGCGCGGUCUUUGGCAUAAAGGCGCCACGAGUGGUGCGACGCAGCGUGUCGUGCAGCUGCGUCUGGAUUGUGAUCAGGACGCACUCGAGUUCCGUGUAGAGCAGCAUAUGGGCGAUGUGUCUGUGGGCUUUUGUCACCUCACAGACCGCGCCUCUUGCUUUGGCAACUUGCAAGGCCUUGCCAAGCUUGAGCAUACAUUGCGUGCCCGAAAGCAGUCAGCGCCACCGGGUUCGUACACGUCGCGACUGUUCAAUGAUGCAACGUUGCUGAGUGCCAAGAUCCGUGAAGAAGCACAGGAGCUCAUUGACGCACGGGAUCGCGAACAUGUGGCUUUUGAGGCGGCUGACUUGCUAUACUUUGCUUUGGCGCGCUGCAUUUCUGCGGACGUCGGCCUCGCAGACAUUGAGCGCUCGCUCGAUGCCAAGAGCAAAAAGGUGUCGCGCCGUAAGGGUGAUGCCAAGCCGGCCUAUAUGCCAAAGAACGAGCCGUUGGACGCUUCGGCGCCGAUCCGUCUGCCGGUGCACCGUCUCAGCGAGACGUCUGCAGCACAGCAGAUCGAGCUACUUCGGCGUCCGGCGAUCCGCACGACGCAGGUCAUGGACCGCGUACGUCCCAUUCUAGCCGCAGUCAAAGAGCGCGGUGACGAGGCUGUGCUUUCUUUCACGGCACAGCUGGACCGUGUGCAGCUGGACAGUACCGUGCGUCUACCGCCGUUCCAGACAGAGGCUGAUAAGCAGGCGAUGGAUGCGCGUACGCGCGAGGCCAUUGAUGUGGCGUACGCGAAUGUGCGGUCGUUCCACGAGGCGCAAAAGGCGCCGGCCAAGACGACGCCCAGCAAGCAUGCAGCGUGGGCGCCUGGGGAAGAUGUUUUGGAGGUCACGACGAUGCCGGGUGUCGUUUGUACGCGAUUCCCGCGAGCGAUUGAGAGCGUCGGAUUGUAUGUGCCUGGAGGCAGUGCCGUCUUGCCAUCGACGUCGCUCAUGCUCGGUGUGCCGGCGCAGGUGGCAGGAUGCAAGACGAUUGUGCUCGCGACGCCGCCGCGCUCAGACGGCUCGAUUGCGCCAGAAGUGCUGUACGUUGCCGACAAGAUCCAGGCGACAUGCAUAGUGUGUGCUGGUGGUGCACAGGCUGUGGGUGCGAUGGCGUACGGUACACAGAGUGUGCCCAAGGUCGAUAAGAUUGUCGGUCCGGGCAACCAGUAUGUGACGGCCGCCAAGAUGCUCGUCCAAAAUGAGGUCGAUGCUCUGGUGUCGAUCGAUAUGCCGGCCGGUCCUUCGGAAGUACUGGUCGUGGCUGAUGCGAGUGCUGAGCCUGUGUUUGUCGCGUCGGAUCUGCUGUCUCAGGCCGAGCAUGGCCCUGACUCGCAGGUGGUGCUGGUGGGCAUCGACCUGGAUGACGCCAAGCUGCGUGCGAUCGAAGAUGAGGUGGACAAGCAGGCGCGUGCACUUCCGCGUGUAGAUGUCGUGCGCCAGGCCAUUGAUAAGAGCGUGACGAUGCUGGUCAAGACACGCGAGGAGGCCAUGGCGUGGAGCAAUCGCUAUGCGCCUGAGCACUUGAUCCUGCACACCACGGAACCUGAGGCGCUCGUGCCGCUCGUGCAGCACGCUGGCAGUGUAUUUGUGGGUGCGUGGAGUCCGGAAAGCUGUGGUGAUUAUGCAUCUGGCACGAACCACACACUGCCGACGUACGGCUUUGCGAGGCAGUAUGGCGGUGUGUCGACGUCUACGUUCCAGAAGUACAUUACCGCUCAGACGCUCGAAGCUGAUGGCCUUCGACAACUCGGCCCGCACGUCGUUGCGCUCGCAGAAUGUGAAGGUCUUGAAGCGCACGCCAAUGCGGUCCGUGUGCGUCUGCAGCAACUGGCACCAUAA